AUGGUGCAGGAGCCGGGGCUGGCAUCGCAGGAGAACGGCCCUGGUCUGGAGAAUAAUUCAACUGACUGUCUUCCUGUUGAUGAGUACAUAAAAAGUUAUUAUCUGCCAGUGAUGUAUAGUAUCAUCUGCAUAGUUGGACUGGUAGGAAAUCUCACAGCACUCGUUAUCUACAUGGCAAAGCUCCGACCGUGGAAAAGCAGCAGCAUUAUCAUAGUGAACCUGGCAGUGGCUGAUCUGCUCUGUGCACUGAGUUUACCUAUGUUGGUCAAGUUCUACAUUACCGGAAACUGGAUGCUGGGGGAGUUCAUGUGCCGUUUCAUUCGAUUUUGCUUCCACUACAACCUCUACGGUAGUAUCCUAUUCCUCACCUGCCUCAGUGUCUUCCGUUACGUAGUGGUGGUGCACCCACUGAAAGCUGCUGAGAUCCAGAGGAAAAGAUGGGGCAUCUUAGCCUGCCUGGCUGUCUGGAUCAUCUCCCUGUUGGAGAUUGGGCCAAUGCUGGGGAUGAUUACUUUACAGCAGGACGGGAACGUGACACAAUGUGUAGACUUCGCCAGUAACGAUCCACAGGUGGUGUGGUGCUACGGUUGGAUACUCACCGCUUUUGGAUACGUGAUGCCGUCAAUGGUGGUGUGCUGGAGCUAUGCCCACAUAGCAGGCACUCUUGGCAGCAGCAUAUCCAGCAACAGGCCGAGUCGUUCUCGAGCUCGCAGGCUCUCAAUUCUGAUUCUUGUUGUUUUUGUAGUGUGUUUUUUACCCUAUCAUAUCAUGCGCGUGCUGAGGGUGGAUAGCCUGCGCAGGAGUAAUGUGUCAUGCAUGCAAAGAAGAGGCAUCAACACAGUCUACAUCUUGUCGCGGCCACUGGCGGGCCUAAACACCUUCUUCAACCUUGUGCUUUAUACACUGGCAGGAGAUACGUUUCAGCAGGCAUUCUGGAGCUUGGUGCACAGCAGAGUGUUAACGAACAGCACGACAGCUGUGAUCCACAUACCAAACAACCUGUCAAAUCAGACCUCCUGA